AUGGAAUGUGUGAGACAAACGAGGUCUUCACCAUGCUACCCUACGUUUAGCGCGCGUCGUCACCCGCGCUCCCCCAGCGCCACCCGCGCCUGCCCUCGUUACUCGCACCUGCCCUCGUCACUCGCACCUGCCCUCGUCACUCGCACCUGCCCUCGUCACUCGCACCUGCCCUCGUCACUCGCACCUGCCCUCGUCACUCGCGCCUGCCCUCGUCACUCGCGCCUGCCCUCGUCACUCGCGCCUGCCCUCGUCACUCGCGCCUGCCCUCGUCACUCGCGCCUGCCCUCGUCACUCGCGCCUACCCUCGUCACUCGCGCCUGCCCUCGUCACUCGCGCCUGCCCUCGUCACUCGCGCCUGCCCGGGAUUCCGUGCUUCGCCUCGUCAUGCGCUUCCCUUCGUCACGCGCGAUUCCCUUCGUCACGCACAUUUCCGCUCGUCGCGCACGUGCCUUCUCGUCACGCGCGCUUCCCCUCGCUGCGCGAUCUCCUACCCUCGCCGCACGCAUUUCCCCUCGUUACGCGCAAUCCUCCCCUCGUCACGCGUGCUUCCCCUCGUUACGCGCACUCCUCUCCUCGUCACGCGCUCAACCAUUCACUCGCGAUCUUCUCUCUGUUUACCCCGCAAUAUAUUCUCCGUUGCCUCACCUGCUUCCCCCCUCCAUCGCCCCUGCUUCCACCCUCCCUCCGCCCUGCUUCCCCCCUCCCUAUGCCCUGCUUCCCCCCUCCCUAUGCCCUGCUUCCCCCCUCCCUAUGCCCUGCUUCCCCCCUCCCUAUGCCCUGCUUCCCCCCUCCCUAUGCCCUGCUUCCCCCCUCCCUAUGCCCUGCUUCCCCCCUCCCUAUGCCCUGCUUCCCCCCUCCCUCAGAGAGACCUAUCUGGAUUCCAUUCACAUUCGCAAGGAGUACAACGGGCGCACGCGCAACAACGGGGCAGUGCAGCAGCCGCAAUCACAGCCGCUGGCAGCAUCUGGUGAUACUGCCAUCCCUCUCGUUGCCCUGCCUGCCUCUGUCAUACUGCCCCUUUUGCUCCCUCCCUCCUUCCUGCAACCCUCUCCCGUUCUUUCCAACCUCGUGUUCCCUGUAUUCCUGACUCCCCCUUCACUGCCGUAUUGGGGAACAGUUCCCCACCGCCUGCAUUCUCCUAACAUACCCUCCUGCCCACCACAGACCAUGAUCCUACAACCCAAUCUUCUCUUCCUCCCAUCAUCUCCACCCCAUGUACCUUGA